AUGAGAAUAUUUUGCUUGAAACCUUUAACACCAUGGUUUUCAAUAUACCGCAACAGAUUGCCAUCCUCAAAUUCAAGUUCAUCCACAACACCUUCAAGCAGAAAAGCUGCAACACAAAUAGAAGCAGCAGAAGCACUUAUACAAAAAUGGAACUCCGAAACCUCGGAUUAUGCCAAAAUAACUUCCCUCUUCUACAACAACAAAUGUGAAGCCAUUCAGUACAUUCACCACGUUAACCAACUUCAAAGAGCCAUGCACUCGUUACUCGAGCUCGAACCAUCGUCUCCAGAACUCAUCCACGCACAAAACCUAAUGCAAAUUGCUAUGAAGAGGCUCCAAAAAGAAUUCUACCAGAUCUUAACCAUGAACCAGGCAUACUUAGACUCUGAAUCCUUCUCCAUCAGAUCCUUUAGCACUUCUUUCGGUUCUUUUGAUGGUGGAACACUGGAAGACGACGAUGAUCACGAUGCACAGGAUUGUAUCUCUGAAGUUGAACGCGUUUCUUCCGAUGUGGUGGAUGAUUUGAAAAUUAUUGCCGAGUGCAUGGUUUCUAACGGUUACGGAAAAGAGUGUGUAAACGUUUACACCACGGUUAGAAAAUCGAUUGUUGAUGAAGGUGUUUACAAACUCAAUGUGGAGGAACGAAGUUUCUCGAAGGGGAAUAAGAUGGACUGGGAAGUUCUUGAGAUGAAAAUCAACUGUUGGUUAGAGGCAGUUAAGAUCUCAGUGAGAACACUCUUUUCUGGAGAGAGAAACCUCUGCGAACGAAUUUUCGCUUCGAAUUCCAUCAGAGAAGCUUGUUUUGGUGAAAUUUCAAGAGAUGGAGCUACUCUUCUCUUACGAUUUCCUGAAUUCGUUGCGAAAACAAAGAAAUGGACACCGGAGAAGAUUUUCCGUUUGCUUGAUAUGUAUGCCACAAUCACCAUGUUGUUACCGGAGGUUGAAUCGAUUUUCUCUUUCAAUUCAACCUCUGGUGUUAAAUCUCAAGCAUAUAAUUCACAACAAAGACUCGUUGAAUCUGUAAGAAAUAUUUUCUCAGAAUUCGAGUCCGCAAUCCUGAAGGACUCUUCCAAAUCGCUGGCGAAUUUCGGCGGUAUUCAUUCCCUUACAACGCAAACAAUGCAAUAUCUUACCAAGCUUACAGAUUACAGCAACGUGCUUUCUGAAAUAUUCUUCGACAUUCCUCCGUCGUUGAAUUCCCCAUUGCCAGAAUCUUACUUAUACAGUCCAGAAUCAUCCAACUACUCGACGGAAAUUGAAACUGAAUUUUCCAUUCGAAUAGCGUGGUUGAUUCUAGUUCUUCUCUGCAAAAUCGACGUCAAAUCGAAGCAAUGCAAGAACAUAUCCUUAUCAUAUCUAUUUCUUGCAAACAAUCUUCAACACGUGGUGGAGAAGGUUCGUGUGUCGAACUUGCAAUACGUUCUUGGUGACGAUUGGUUGUUGAAGCACAUGGAGAAGGUGAAACGGUUGAUUGAGAAGUAUGAGAGAAUAGCAUGGGGCGCAGUGGUUACGUCAUUGCCGAAAAAUCCAACGACAGCGAUAUCAGUGGCGGAGGCGAGGGCGGUAUUUAUGAAAUUCAAUCUGGAAUUUGAGAAAGCUUAUCAGAAACAGAAUUCGUUUGUUAUGCCAGAAUCAGAACUUCGCGAAGAGAUAAAAGCGUCUCUGGGGAGAAAAAUAAUCCCAAUUUAUCGCGAGUUGUAUGAUACACACCGCAUUGUGAAAGGAUCAAAGAGUGAAAUGAAUGAAUAUGUCGUUUUUACCCACGAAGAUGUUCAGAGUUACUUGGUGGAUCUCUUCUGUGUGGGGAGAGAGCUUAACAAUAUAUAA